GGCGCAGUCCGCGACGGCAGUUGUCAGGUACACGCCGAACCGCGCGGUUAUCCCGAGUAGCAUACCUUCGCGUCUCGCUUGUUUCUUUCACCUGGAAAAACACACGCAUACUGCGUUAUUAGAAGGGCAUAAACACAUCGGUGCUCCUCUAGAUCUCCCAAGGUACAGCCAGUGCUACAACACAACCCGUGCGCGAGUAUCCGGUUGCUCUCGACUCGCAUAUCGCAAUCGAGUGACAGUACAGUGUGUCCGCGAACGAUAACAACAUAAUACUUAUAACGAAGAAGAAGCGAGCACACAGGAGCAAGAGAGAGAGGAAGAGCGAACGUGCGCGCAGGAACAGAAUCGGGAAUCUGCGCCGGGCGAAGAUUUCAUCGAGCGGUUGCUCUGAAUUUUUCCGGAUAUAGGGGAGCUGCGCUGCAGCAAGGACCUCCGCUUCGCUCAUAACCUCUCCAAAAAAACAAGAGUCCGCGAAGGAUCCUUAUCCUCGCAAAAGUUCGUGCGCGAAUAAUAGAAAAGGAGAGCGUCGACGUCGCACUCUCUCCUAUUCUCGGUAUUGGCAGAGUUCAGCAGGCGGAGCCGCCGCCGCCGUUCAAUAGUGCAAAUCCGCGCGGAGAGGGAGCCAGUUCGUCGGAGCAGCAGCUACUCUCGUCGAGGUAAACAAAGGGCGUCGCAUCGAUUUUUCGGAGCUGCUCAUAACGCUCUUAUGUUCUCGCGCGAGUGAAAAAAAAAAUAGUGCGCGGACUCCCGUUUGACUCGUUAUUGGGAUAUAACGAAGGAAUACUUGUAAGCAGCUGCGGUGCAAGUGAGAAAGAGAGACAAAUAUUCUGCGAGGAGUGGGGGUGAAAAGGAUGCGUUGCUGAGCGUGCAGUGCGUUCCGGCGGGAAAAGCAAGCGUCCUCCCUUCACUUGUACGUUCGACGAGGCCCAGGUUUAACCUCAAAAGGACCUGCAUACCGAGAAACGUGUGUAUUGCAUUCUCUCUCAUCCGCACGAAUUCCAGCGCAGUGUCACGGUAUAAAAGGGCAUAGGCAUGGCACGCCUGUCGUAGAGCCCCGAGAAGACACGAACGCGUCGAGGAGAAAAAAGAUGUACCCGUCAUCAGGACAGCCUCAUCAUCAUCACGCAUCGCAUAGAAUCAAGUGGACGCAGCGCUGCCUCAGUAAAACAUAGCUCGUAUAUCGGCGCAUCGAUCCGACCUUCCCGGGAGCUUGUUAUCGUGCGACAACCCUAACCUCGAGAAGGAGCAGAGUUAAACCGAAUAUAUCAGAAAUAGUUAUUAUAAAUCAAAAGUAACAUCACAAUGACAGAGCUGCUGAUCGGUCUGUCGUCGCCGACGUUCAACGGCGUGUCCUCGGUGUCGAAGCCACCAGAGGUGGUGUUCAGGACACCGGGAGGCGCGGGACAGCUGUUCCGGAACUCGGAGAUGCGACACUCCAGAAGCGAGGACCUUCUGGGGCCGGCUACAAACCGCAGCCCGUCGCCACCGCCGGUCAUCACAGCCGCGGCUUCCGAGGACGACUUGGUCGCGGCCAGUGCGCUCAGUGGCAGCAGUCCAAGGGCCAGCUGUAGCCUGCUGGGGCCAAGAGCUCCCGGAUCGCCCGGGAUGAUCGCCGACAGGCUGGACCCCGAAGAUUCGAUCAGGGAUAUCGUUACGGAGAAUGAUUUGUACAGGUUCGUCCUGUUCAAGAGGCACUACGACAAGUACGUGGCUCUGGCGACGAGAUACGAGGAGGCGAGAGGCCUUGCCUAUUACCUCGAGGAGCGCUAUCACGAAGUCAAGGCCGAGCGCGACAAGCUGGAGGAGACGCGCCAGCAGCUGGAGCGUCGGCUCGAGGGCUGCGAGGCCGAGCUCAAGGACAAGGAAGAGGAGCUGUUCCUUCAGCUGGAACGAAGUCUGCGCCUCGAGGACGAGGUCGAGCGAGCUCGUCAGGAACGCGAGGCCUGUCUCUUGGCGCGGGAACGUCUCGAGCGCGAACAAGCCGCUGCGUUGAGACAGCUCCAGAUACAGGCGGCGCAGAAUGAGAUCACCAGGAGAUCGCUCGAGAGAGCCAGACUGGAGGUUAUCAGACAGGCGACCGUUAUCAGGGCUGAGCGGGAUGCGCUGGAGAGAGAGAACGAGGCGCUGAAGGAAAAGCUACGAGUGGAGCAAGACGAGCUCGGCGAAGAGCGUCGCCGUAACGAGGAAGGCGUCGCGGCGCUAACACACGAGGCGACGACGCUCAGGCACGCGGCUCGUCAUUUGCGCGCUGCAGCCCUGCACGCCACUUCCUGUCGGCGACGUAGACGGUGCUCCGUCUGUCUUUACGCCAGGCGCACCUUCCAGGACGUCGACGAUUUCCGCGACGAACAAUUUUACGUUAACAAUGUGGAACACGAAAUUAGCAAUAGAAAGUACACAAAAACUUUUAGACCCGGCAAACUGUUCAAGUGCCUUCAAGCGCCGAUACAGGACCUACGCACGUGGCUCCGGCCAAGCACACCAGCGGCUCUGCCGCCUCUGCGCACGAGUUCGCCACUCGAACGCGGCAUCAGCUACAUCGACGACUCGGGCACCAGUUCCGAGGACGAGGCCUACUCCAACACACAGGCCGCCGAAGUUUCGUUGUCCUCGACGGUGUCGAGUGCGCCGCCCACCACUAGAGCUUUCUCUUCGGACUCGGGAUUCUCCUCGGAAACAGGCGACCGUCGUUCGCGCUCGUACGAGUGCGGAGGCAGCAGCCGCAAAAUCAGCGAGUCCUCGAGCAGUGAGCCCGGGGACGCCUUGGGCCAACAGUCUCAGCGCGCUGGCACGUUCACGCGCUCGCGCUGGACCUCCUCCUUCCGCAAGCUCCUCGGGCGCAAGUCCAAGGCCAAGGCCAAUGCCACGGCCCAGCCCGAAUCGGCCAUCUAAGGACGCGGCCAAAGCCUCACCCACGAGUUCUAGAAAUGUGCUCAAAGUAUACACUAAUCGAUAACGAUAAUAUACUGUAGGUACUAAUAGCCGAUCGUCAUCGCGGCGAUGACUCUGUUUUUUAGGUCGCUCAUCGUAUAGAGAACGGUGUUAUAGGAGGAAUUGACGGAUCAUGCUCACUCGAUGCAAGGCGGUAGGCGUUGAUUUAAAUAUGUUGCUUUGUACUCUCAGUGACUUUAUUUUAUUUUUUUAAUUUAUGUUCUGUUGGUACAAAGAGUUGUUGUUUGUACCAGUAUGUUCCAUGGCGUUGGCGAAUCGACGCAUGGGACGAAAUUGUAGAUUUAUUGUAAAUAACUCACAAAAACAUGUUCUAUUGUAUUAUUUGCACUGAGGGCACAAAGCAUUGUAGAGUAUACGAACUUAGGUAACUUUAAAAUAGACGCGUUUCUUGCUUCAGUGGACAACCUAUACAAUAGUAAAUAAUAAAACUGUUCUUUUUAAGACUUAUGGUUACGGUACAUCGCUUUAGUUCGAAAACUAUAAAACAAACUAUUUCGAUUUUUGGUUCCAUGAAAUUUUAAAGUUUAAGAUUAGUUUGGUAAAGGGUCUUAUAGCACACGGCGUUAGUCGUUGUGUGCUAUUGCAAAAUUACGUUACGGAUGAUACCAUUUCUUUUUGUAAAGUUAUCUACAAAAUUAUUUUCGGUGAUAAAGUACAAUUGUUGAAAUUGUAAAAGAGCAUGUGACUAUAUAUUUAUAAAGUCUUAUUUGCCAGGUGCAAAUAUUUAUAUUUUUCAGUAUUCUUACUUUUUAAUCAAAGAAAACGAAAAUAAUUGGAUAAUAAUUAUUCAACGCUGUAAUUAUUAAUUAAUAAUCUAUAGAAAGAAGUGAUAUUUCAAAAGAAUAUAGAUAUAAUCUUUGUAUUAGCUUUAAGGAGAAUAAAAAAUUCCUAACGCAUUUCGUAUGAAAGUUCAUCUUACGAAACUGAUUGUAUCUUAAUGGAAUUCAUCAUUAAAAACGAUAUCGCCUCGCAUCGAGUAUAACCGUUCCCGUCAAUGAGUAUAUAUUUUCGAUGAACAAAAUGAUAACUUAUUAGAGAUGACUUUUCUGUUAAAACAGUAGCAGUGAUACACUCAAUGCAAUAACUGUCAAUUCAUGCUUCGACGUGAUGUAACAUUCCCGAACAAUUCACAGCGAACAAACAGAAAAGCAAAAUUUGACAUGUGGCUAAUUGAAAAAUCCCUGCUUCGAUAUUUAUUUUUCUUAUUUGUCGACUACAAUACGUUUCGGUUUGAAGCAACUGUGAUAACAAAAGAGAUUGUUGUGCCGAAGAAAAUUAAGCACGAGAUUUUAAGAGCGUGUCUUUCACAUGACAAAGAUGAUGCUAUAAAUACAACUUUUGAAAAGUUAAAAAUAAGGAAGCGACACAAUAUUCUGCAUUUCAAACAAUGCCAAGUAAGACUUUAAAUGAAAUCGUCCAAUUUUUUGAUGGCGAGUGUAAGAACGAAAGAUGGAUUCCGAAAACGCGUACGAUAUGUUUAAAAAUCUGAAUUAUUUCCAUGUUCUUUUGUCGGCAAUUUUCGUUUUUGCUAUCGUUGCUCAUCGAACCUCGCACAUUAUCUGAUACUAUUCACAUUUGAGGAAUACGUAUAAAUGAGAAUUCUCAUUGUAGAAAUCUAUAAUCAGAAUCUAAACUGCCAGCUGAUUAUAUAGAAAUCUUGAUCAAGUGUUUUAGAGUAACGGUAUAAAGCUAAUAGUUCCAUAGAUAGCAUAUAAAAGAAAACUCAUUUUGUAGAGCAGGCAGGAAUUGGAAAAACUAACUCUUAGAUUUACUCAAAUCUUACUAAAAUACGUAAGAAGACUGUUACGUUAAAUUCAAAGAUGUUGUCAGUUAGUACUUAAUAACGUCUCAGCCCAACUUAUGUAUACUAAUGUGCAUGUAUUUAUUAAAAUGAUAUCGUCAUCUUUGAAAAAUGAUUAAUUUAUAAAGUUUGAAUUUAGCGUUGUACAAACAUGCAUUUAAAAUGAUUUAUCAUUAGAAAUCUUUUCCUUUCGAUUAAUUAGGUUAAAGUUUUCUAGUGAAAAAGAUGACGGUUUCAUAAAUAUCGAAUUGUUAAGAAAUUUCAAGAGACACGAGCUUUCCAAACUACAUGGAUUGUAGUUUCUCUGUUACUAUAAUCAACAAAAAUUAUCCUAAUUGAAGUGAUGAGGAAACAUACAAGCCUUGAACAGCAAAGAUCCCGAUUGAUCAAUAAAUAUACAUUAUUAAAUCCUGUGCCUUAGUGCGAGCACUUGUUAAUUACUCCAUAUAGUAAGACAAUUUUGUCAUCGGGAUUUUACCCCUUUUUCAACGAGUUUUCAAGCGCCCAAUAAAGUUGUAACGGCCCCUACCGUUUCAAAGUCUACAGUUUAGGUAUUGUCAAUAUACAGAUUAACAAUAUUAUGUCUAUUGACAAAAUUAAUUUGUUGCCAAUUGAGAUCAUACCUAACUUCAAAGGACGCAAAUAACAUUACUUUUCAAAAAUUAAUGUAAUUGUAUAGUAAUGAUUCAAAUGACAUCAAUUUUAAGUAAAGAUUCAAUUGGUAGCACGUGACAUUCAUAUCCUGUUGAAAUAAUAAAUCUCUAACCUGACCCAUUUAUGUAUGAAUUUACAUAAAAAAUAAUCAACGUAUCAGAUUCGAAUUAAAAACAUUUAUCAAUGACCUUUUCGUGAGGAUUUUAAUUAUUAAAAUUAUAAUCAUGUUGAUUGUACAAUUAUAAAUUUCUAUUUGAAUGUUAUUACUCAAAAUGUAUAUAUUAUUUACUUGAGAUUGGCUCACAUAGGUACGCUACAAAAUAUUUACAUUUUGUAACUUAAGUAUUAAUCAAACAAAUCGAAUCUCCACGAAAAAAAAGGAUUCUAGUUGAUUUCGUCGAUAUCUCAAGAAAUUUUGAUAUUAUGUAUUUCUCUAAAGUCAUCGACUCUUUGCUGUUUACGCCACAGUAUAAUAUUUACGAAAAUGUAGUAAAAGUCAGGGUGCGCAAGGUAACAUUACACCUAUUUUAGAGCAUAAAGCAGAAAUUUACUUGAGAAUGAGUAGACUUAAUCACGUUCAAAAUAACACAAAGUUAUUAUUAUAUUAUAUUGAAUUAAGCAUUGUAUCGAAGUUGUAUAUUAAUAUUCUAUUAAGUUAAGCUUUUGGGAGUCUUCGUAAUGAACAACGUUCUCUACAAAUAAGUUGUAAUCUAUAAGUUUAGCUGUAACAGAUGCAUUUUUCUUUUCCGUUCAUCUUUUUACGUUAGACUCUAAGAUUUCAAGACAUUUUUUCUAUAUCGUGCGAAACACAUUUUUUAUUUAUUUUGCGACUGCAUUCUCACGCGUAUUAAGGCAAAGCUCUACAUCUGAAUCGAUCAGUUAAAAAUCAGAGUCAAAUUGUAUUGUUCAAAGUUCCUGGUUCAGUGUUCAAACAUUUUCUAAACUAAUCUUGCAACGUUAUUAAUCAAACGUUCCUUAUUACUAGCAAUUUUUUUAAUAAAAACAGGCAAAGAAUUUUUCUCUGAUUUAUAGCUGUUUGACUCGUUCAAAUUAUAAAAUAAUAGGUGCCGAGCUCCACUUAAAGGAAAAAACGAAGAAAAAAAGACGAACGAAAAACACUUGUGUCCUAGUUGCGGAGCAAGAACGGGAACGAGCUACGUCUCUCUGCCUCCUCGUGUUAGAACGAGGGCGAUAAAGAGGAUAGUUGCCGAAUUUGUUUUGUAUUCAAUGGACCUCGCAAUAAUCGAAGAGUUAUGCUUAAAAAUGCAGAAGCAGAUACUGUUAUUGAUGUUUUCUAUUUUUUAUUGCCUUUCAAAUUACAAAACUGUAAUUUUUUCAUUAAAUAUCUUAGAUUCUGGCAGAAUUCGAGAGUGAUAUUGUCUUAUUCUUAUUUGAUGUAUUUUCGUAAAAUUCGUUUAAGUUGUACUUUUUAUUUGACUCUUUUCAAAGGUCAAAGUUUAUUUACUUUGUGAUGAUUUUCGAAAUCAAGAAACUUUAAAUUUGGGAUGAACUGUACAAGAUGUGCUAUUUUUACUUGCAAAUCACUGCAAAUAAAAAUAACACAAGGAUUAUUAGUUACAUGCCAAUUGUACAAACCAUUUAAUCAUACAUAACUGAUUUCAAUGUAUCAAUAGAUAAAGUUAGACCCUGUAUGAUACAAUAUUGAUGGUAGCGACAUUUCAAGCAGCUACUUCAACCGCUUCUUUAAAAAAAUUGGAUUUCGGCCUAAAUUGCUCAAAUUAUAAUUGCGGAUCUACAUUUUUUUAUGAACUAAUUGCUUGAAAAUUUGCUAUCUAUAUCGUAUUUGAAAACACGUACAGUGUACUUCAACAAUUAAAAAAUGUAAAUACUUUCGAACGGUAUCACAAAGUUUAUGAUUAUCGACUUUGAUUUGUUUGUCUUAUGCGCAUGUUUGUCCACUUAAGUAAGUCAGCUUCUACAUUUUUAACUCGGCCUAAGUCUUCGACUGUUGUAACAGAUUGAAGCAAGAAAUGUAAACGUUGUGACUGUGUAUGUAAAUCACAGAAAAACGAUCGAAUAAUAUACUCAAUGUUGCUAUUGUGUAAAACAGAUGGUACUGUCAUGCAGAUGUGUUUUGUGAAAUGUGCAUUAAGAACCAGGUAACCCAUGGCAUUCCAGUGAGUAUAUUGUAAUAUGAGAAAUAAAACUAUUAUUAUUAUACAUUAAAUCAA